AUGCAAGAACUCAGCUGGAUGGCCGAAUACUCGGUGUUCGCGUUCAUGCUAGGCCUAUCCAUGGUCGUAGGGCUGUACUUCGGGUGCGUGGAAAGUAAACAGAACACCGUCAGUGAAUACCUGUUGGGCGGCAAACGCAUGACCGUGUUUCCCAUUACAAUGUCGCUGAUCGCCAGGUAAGUACGAACAAUACUCUUUAAAUCGUCCCGAAAAAAGGUCCAUAUACGUACACGUUACAGUGGCGUAGCCAUCAAUUUGUUUGAGAAUAUAUUUAAUAACACACGGGGUGUUUUAUAUACUUUUUAUGUUUUUUUUACCGUUUACAUGGUAAUAGAUAUCAAUAAGGUAUAAGAAGGUAGAGGGGAAAUUUAAUAUAAAUCUACACGCAACGAUUAACCACUGUUAACGAAAAAUGAUUCUGAGCAGAGUUUGGUUAAUAUAGUAUUGCUUUCUCAACAACAUACCUAUACAUCAUAUUAUGGUAAAAAUUUUGAGAGUAUACGACGUAUAAUAAGUAAUAUACUUUAUGAGAACACCACUGGACAUGCACCUCAGAAACCCGCGUCAACACAAUCACCUGCAUCAAAUUGAACCCCCUUUUUUUGAAAAAAAAGGCCGUAAUAUUUUUAACUAAUACCUACAUUUCUUACAUUUUACCGUGUUUUUCGGUUUUUCACAUUUUUUGAGAAAAGUCUUGAGAAAAUCGAAAAUGGCCUCUCUAAAAUACAUCCCUACAUCGAUUUCCUUUCAGAAAAGGUGCUACACUCAAAAAUUAGAGGAAGAUCUUUGGUAGAAAACUUGUUCAAAGUAAAAAAAAAUAAAAAUAAAAAUACAUACAAACAUUUUUGUAAAACUAUAAGCUUCUUCGCUUCACUAAGAAUCUAAAAUUACAAUUCAUUCGUUGUCGCACGUAAAAGCAAUUGCCUUGGAAAGUUACACGGCGCUGGAGAUGAAUUUUACAAUAAAUUUUCAUAUAGCAAUUUUAAAUUUUCCUACUAACUGUUCUAGAAAAUGAGACUAUUCAAUAUACGCUUCAAUAAAAAGUCGAAUUAUCUGUUACUUAUGAUUCAAGUUUAUUUAGAUUCGAUAAACGACUUCUUAUAUACAAUUUUAAUUUUAAAAAUUACGCGAUAUUAGAAAUGCAAUACCGAAACUAUAUUGUAAAGCAACUGUAUAAUUAUUUUGAUUUUUGUACAGUCACAUUUCCGGUAUUACGCUGCUUGGAAUUCCGUCCGAUGUCUAUACUAAUGGGACGCAAUUCUUGAUUAUUGGCGUGAUAAACGUGUUCAUAAUCGCCAUAAUAAUUUACAUAUACUUACCGGUCUUUUACGAACUUCAAUUGACGUCGGUCUACGAGGUAUGCGUGUCGUUGAUUAAAUUUGCGCUAUUUGUUUAAUAUCCGUGCACUAACGAUUAGAUUCUAUUUUGAAAUUUUCAUUUUCAUCAGUAUUUAGAACGGCGGUUCAGUUCAAACGUCCGGGGAUUGACGUCGAUCAUCUUCGCCUUAUCCGUAAUACUAUACAUACCCGUGGUGAUUUAUGUACCGGCCUUAGCAUUUAAUCAAGGUACGUUGACAUUUGAAAACGGGCGUGUUACACAGAAUAGAAAAUAGCGGUGUUACGAACUUUUCGAUUUCAAUCAUCAACUACAAGUUACUACUGUAGACUGACGAAAUUUGAACCAGAGAAACACGUAAGAAAUUGAACUGAUUUCGUCGAAUAGCACAGGUACACGAAUUUAUUUUAAUUUAUUCGAGAUUCAUUUCAACCUUAUUUAGACAUCUGGGUUCGUAACAUCGCUAAUAGAAGUUCUCAUAUGUAUACGAGUACGUAUAGACAAGAUGUUCCAUCGUGUUUGACGGAUUUUUCCAGAACUAAUAUUCAAAUUUUAAAAGAAAAUAUUUCUUCUAAAUUUGCUUUUAUUUGAUGGGGACACAUUAUAUUAUUAUAUGAGGGGUGGCUAUUAAAUAACGAGACUUGUUACAAAAAAGUGUUUUAUUAUAAAAGUUAUUCUACAUUCAAAUGCUCCCCUUCAAUAUACUCCCCUCCCCUCGCCACACACCGUUUCAUUCGUUUCUUCCAUUGCUCGAGGCAGUGCUGGAAGUCUGUUUUCGUAAAACCAUUCAGGAGUUCCGCCGAUUUUUGUUUCACCUCUUCCAUCGACUCAAACCGGAUUCUUUUUAAGGAAGACUUUAUCUUCGGAAACAAGUAAAAGUCGCAGGGUGCCAAGUCGGGUGAGUAAGAUGCGUGUUCGAGUACUGGAGUGCCUUAAGCGGCCAAAUAACGCUUCACGCUUUAUCCUGGUGCAAGAUCCACGACUUGUUUUUCCACAAUAUCGACCGUUUCUUACGAACUCAUUCGCGCAAUGUUGGCAAAACUGUCAAAUAGUAAUGUUGGUUCACAGUUUGACCCUCUGGAACCCAUUCAGUCAUCACGAUGCCGUUGAUAUCGAAGAAAACUGUUUUGAAUUUGGAUUACGACUGAAUUGGAUUCCGGUGCACUCUCGACCUUCAGAAAAUAAUUUAUGCCACUCAAAAACACGCGCCCGAGAUAGGAAAUCCUCACUAUAGGCCUCUUUUAACAACUUAUAGCACUCAGUUGGAGUUUUUUUUAGUUUAACGAGAAAAUUUUACGUUUAUCCGUUGCUCAUGUUUUUCGUCACACAUGGUCUUCGGCACGAGAAAAAAACACGUUCGUUUCAAACCACUACUGCACAAAUACUAUAAUAGUGACGAAAACGUGUUUUGGUACGUGCAUAUAUAAGAUAUCUAGAUAUCCAACGCAUUACUCGGUUUUUUCACUAUCCAUCUAGGGCACCCUCUAGGCGAGCAGUCUCGUUAUUUAAUAGCCACACCCCGUAUAUUAUAUUUAUAGGAAAUUAAAUUAGUGUUUCUAUUCUAUAAAUAUAAAAUGAAAAAAAAUUGUAAUCACUUAAUUAAAUUUUCAAAAUAACCAUUUUGUAAAAGAUAUAAUUUAAAUAUUUUAAUUUAUCACAUCUAAUCAACAGUUUUUUAGUAACAGUCGUUUAGAUUUCAAAAUAUUUUCAAUUUAUAACACAAUAAAUUGAGUUAUUCCCCAUCGUGUCACGCGAUAGUCUGUCUCGUUUUACAUACUUUUUCUCUAGAAAUUAUAAUGGUUGUUGCUAGGAAACUAUUGAUCAGAUAUAAAUGUAUGAAACUUUCUUAUUUUUAGAAUAAUGUAUUUUGCGAGAUGGUUAUUCUGAAAUUAGGGGAUGAAAAUUAAAAUUGUAUAGUUAUUCAAAUAGAUGCGCUCGUCAAAGAAAAUGGACACAAAAAAAAAAAAGAAUAUUAACAGAUCUAGAAACGUCCGCCGAGCACAGUUGGCCACUCUAAUUGCAGUGUAGUUUAUCGUAAUGUGUUAUACACUCCGGUCUCCAAUGAAUAGUUUAAUACGACUUAGUUACAAUUGUAUUAUAUUCAUAUUAUAAAUGCCUGUUUUUGAAUUAGUUACCGGACUUCACAUAUACCUGAUAACGCCGAUCAUAUGCGUCAUAUGUAUAAUUUACACCACCGUCGUAAGCAGUAAUCGUAUUAUUUUGCAUUUUGAUAAAACGAACAGUAGCGAUUCGAUUAGGAAUUGUUCUAUUACGUUAUUUCCGUGUUUUUUUUUACAAUAUAGGGCGGACUAAAAGCGGUCGUUUGGACGGACGCGAUUCAAAGCGGUUUCACCGGUCUCUCGAUAUUAUUCAUCAUCGUGUUGGGAUUGAAACAGGUCGGAGGGUUUGGCAACAUGAUAAAAGCAAACCGAGAAACCGGCCGAAUAGAAUUUUUCAAGUAAAACAUUCAAUAAAAUAUCAAUAUUACAAACAAAAUUAAAUAAUUACAAACGCAUGCGCGUAUAACAAUAAAAGAAAAUACACGGUUUCACAUUCAACAGGAUGGACCCGGAUCCUUUUUUGAGACACUCGUUUUGGACCGUCAGCAUAGGCAUGUCGUUAGCGUGGCUUAACAACCUGGGGAUUCAUCCCGGAGCGGUUCAACGGUUCGUAGCGUUGCCUUCUUACAACAAAGCUCGGAAAUCGCUGAUUUAUUUCAUCCUGGGCAUGGGAGUGGUGACAUUGAUGACCGGCACCAUCGGAAUGUUGAUGUAUACUAAGUACAAAGAUUGCGACCCUGUCAUGGCCAACGUUAGUGUACCGGAUAUUUCCGUAUAUUGAAAUGUAUCUUAUAUAAUAAAAUUGUUUUAUUUUUUUUUAAAUUUUUGCAGUAUAUCAUAAACGAUAAGAACUUACUACCAUAUUUCGUGAUGGACGUAGCGGCGGAAUAUCCAGGACUUACCGGUGUAUUUAUUUCCGGUAUCGUUAGCGCCGCGCUGAGGUUCGUAUAUUCGUGUCAGUAACCAAUAAUCGGUCGAAAAAUCAGUGGCUACAGCGGGAAAAACAGUUGGCGGGCAGGACUAUAGAUACUAAAAAAUGAAGGGCUUAAUGAACCAAAAAUUAAUCAAACUUCCAAGAAACCCGUGAAACUUCUAAAAUAGUUUUCUCCCGUACAUAUUUAUCCAUAAAAAGUUAAUGUUAGUAUAGGUUUAAAUGAAAAAUUGCUCUCUUCAAAAAAAGUUAUAUUACACAAUUUAUGCCUGUUCAAUAACAAUAUAAAGUAAAAUACCUAAAUGUGUAUAAACUUGUUUAAAACAAUUUUCUUUCAAUACAAAUAGUUUGAGUUUUUAAUAUUUUUUCAAAAAUACAAAACAAUCAUAAAUCUAUAAACUCUAUUCCAAAUAUGAACGCACCUGGUGGUGGACGAUAAUCUGUCAAAAUUUGCACAGCCAACUAACAGUGACCAAUCGUAGAGCGAAUAGGACACAGCGAAGGGGGCAGACGUCUCUCCGCGAUACAUUUGGAUGCGCGAACGGUGCGUUCUUAUAUGUAACGGAGUAUAAUUGUAUACGAAAAGUCUUGGAAAUAUAUCAUUAUACUAAAUACAUGAACUUUCCAGUACGAUGUCUGCACAGCUUAACACAGUCUCGGGGACGUUUUAUGAGGAUUUCAUAGUGAGAAUUAUGGGCAUAAAAGUUUCGGAUUUGACAGCGAGUAUUAUCAUGAAAUUUACCGUCGUCAUUACCGGAAUAGUAUGCGUGGCUUUGGUUUUGGUCGUUGAAAAACUAAACGGAAUCCUCCAGGUACCUAUAUUACUAUUUUGUCGUAAGUUUAUGACAAAUACACAAAAUUAUUUUUCUAGUUGGCGUUAAGUCUGAAUUCGGUUACAAAUGGAGCUGUAUUGAGCGUGUUCACGUUAGGGUUAUGUUUUCCUUGGGCAAACUCUAGAGUAAGUCUUUAGAGUAAGAUUUUAAAAUGUAUAUUAAAAUAUUUAAACCCCGUACAAUUAAAUACCUAUAGUUUACACGCGUUCUUUUGAUCGAAAAAUAUUAAAUCAAAUUUAUCAUACCACUGAUUUAGAUUGUAUUUUGUUUUUUUACUGCAGGGAGCAAUGUGCGGAAUGUUGGUUAGUUUAGGAACUGUUUCUUGGAUCGUCCUCGGAGCUCAGACGGCCAUAGCGAACAAAGAAUUGCAAUUUGCCGAAAAAAACGUUUCGAUCGCCGGAUGUCCAGUCGAUACGAUAUUUAAGAAUCACACAGACUAUAGCGGGUGAGUCAUUAUGUAGGUAAUAAUAUGUAGUAUCAUAUAUAUAUAUAUGUAUAAUAAAAUAAUAAUACAUGUUUAUAAUAUUUAUUUAUUAAGAUCGAUUAAAAAACAACAAAGUACAUGACAGAAUGUUUAGGGAAUCGCCCGGUAUACAUGAUUUUGUUUUUUUUCAAUCGUACGUUCAAUUUAAUGAUCGUAUUUUUAGAUGCGGAAUUUUCAAAACGUUUUUUAUAUUCCGAAUACCGUAUACCGCAUAGAGUACAUAUAAUAAUAUGACGUACUUGUAUCAACUUUUGGUUUUGGUUCUAGUAACGUGUGUAAUUUCAUUAAUUUUUCUAUUUUGAUAGAAUUAUACAAUAUACAGUAUACACUAAUGCCGAAAACAAUUUUGUGUAAUAUUUUGUUAGCGAUUCAACAUAUAAUAUUUCUACGAAGACAUCCAUUUCGAAAAUUUUAAUAUUGUUUUUAAUGGGUUAUGUUGGCCUUAAUCCAAACUGUUAAUUAAUUGUACGAUAAAUUUAAUAUUUUGUUGGUGUUUUUUUUUUUUUAGGAUGUAUCGUAUGAAUGAAGACGUAUACGUGAGUCCAAACGUAUGGAAAAUGUACACCGUUUCAUAUUUACACUACAACACGAUCGGAAUCGUCGUUGGAAUAUUUGUCGGACUCGCCGUGAGUUUGUUAUUUCCGGUGGACCAGAAUAUCGAUCCCAAACUGUUGACGCCCUGUAUACGGAAUUUAGUGUAUCCUAAGUACAUGAUGACCUCAAAUAGAACGUCUAAUAAUAGAUCUAAACAAGAAGAAUACAGCCCAGUGAUUCAGGAUACAAAAUUAUGA